UCAAUAUAAGCCACCUUCUCUGCAAGCCACCUUCUCUUCUGAAACUAGUUCUUCGGCUUAGUUAUUCGUAACCAAAUAGCUAAACUCUUCAUCUCUGUCAGUGUCUUCAUCAUCCUCACUCACAACUUGAUGGGAAAUUAAGUGGAAAGGGGAGGGGAAACGCUUCCAUCUCAGUCAAGGCAACUUCCUCUAAUAAUAUGUAACCAAAAAGACCUUUGCUACUGACACUCAUGCACAGUCAGGUUCAAAACACCAUGCAUGCGCUAUUACGCAUGUGAAUAUCAUCACCUGCUGAGAUACAACCAACACCAAGAGACAUGACAAACCAUUCAAAGAAGAUUGUAGAUUCAUGUUCCUUCUUCUUCUGUCUCAUUCUGCUGAUGUCAGCUGCAACUGAUGGGUCAUCAUGUAAGGGCCCGUGCCUACAGGUCUCCCCCCACUCCGGCUCCAUGCUGGGAGGUGCAGACUUCACCCUGCUGCUCCACCCUGACUUGCAGAAAGCCGAUACUGUACUUUGCAGGUUCAAAGGCUCUGUGGACACGGUGGGAUAUGUAGAUGGAGACGGUGUUGGCCACUGUAUUUCUCCACUCCUCUAUGAAACUGGCUGGAUUCCAUUUGAACUUCUAAUAAACAAUGUUAAUAAACAAAGGGGCAAAUGGCUAUCAGUGCACCACAGCAAGAUGGAUGCUGCGUUUAAAGUGACCCUGGUUAACGCCACACAGUGGCAGUACUACGGCACUCCGAACACAGGGGGAACCCUACGCAUGACGUGGAACUCAUCACUCAUCAGGGCUGAGAGCGUGGACGUGGAACUGUGGGGUUACGAGGAGACAGGUGAGCCAUACAGUGACUCCUGGGUGCCCGGGUGGCAGUAUCUGUACUCUGUGGGGCGUGCGGUGCCCAACAACGGGGCCUUCAGCUUCGUGCCCAGCCCAGCCAAGGACCCUCACUGGAGGUGGGAGAUGGGCAGCAUCAGAGUUAGUCCCAGCUCAAGCACUGAGGGACAGAGUGGUGUGAACGCCCUGUGGAGUGGGGCUCAUGCUCUGGCCUGGCACCUGCAGCAGGCCUUCAGGGACGACUCGGCGCGCUGGGCCACUGACAAGUGCCUGUCCUGGGACACCGCAGAGGAGAAGCUGCCCGACUUUCUGUCCGAGAUCCCAGACUGCCCCUGUACGCUCGCCCAAGCUCGCGCAGACACCGGCAGAUACCAUACCGACUAUGGCUGUGACAUUGAGAAAGGGAGCAAGUGCACCUAUCACCCCGGAGCUGUUCACUGUGUGAGAGCCAUACAGGCCAGUCCUAAAUACGGAGCGGGUCAACAGUGUUGCUAUGACAGUGCUGGUGUCCAGGUGUUGACGGGUGACUCCAUAGGGGGCAGCACGCCGGACCGGGGCCACGACUGGGGCGCUCCGCCGUACGUCCGGCCACCCCGUGUCCCCGGCCUGUCCCACUGGAGAUACGACGUGCUCAGUUUCUACUACUGCUGCCUGUGGUCUGACAACUGCCAGUACUACUUCAAACACAGGCCCUCCAGCGACUGCAGAGCCUACAGGCCUCCUAAAGCAGCCUCAGUUCUUGGCGACCCCCAUUUCAUCACGUUUGAUGGCAGCACCUACACCUUCAACGGGCGGGGGGAGUACCAACUGCUGUCCUCCCCAGACAAAGGCCUGUUUGUUCAGGGCAGGACGGGACCGGUGAAACUGGAGAACGGCACCCUAGCGAAGGCUACCCAGCUCACCUCUGUGGCCAUGAGGGAGAACAGCUCUGACAUCAUAGAGGUGCGACUCUCCACAGAUGGCUCAGGUGUGACUCAUCAUCCAGACACCUUACAGGUGCUGAGGAACCAGGAAGUGCUCUCCUUCACCGAGCAGAGCUGGAUGGACCUACAAGAUGUGUUUGUGUUCUCGGGCACCCCUGGCAACGUGACCGUAAUGUUCGCGUCGGGCGCCGGGGUGGAGGUGAGGGCUCGAGGGGUAACCAUGACGACCACUAUCCUGCUGCCCAUGGAGUUCGCCAACCAGACUCAGGGGCUUCUGGGUAGGAUGAAUGAUGAGGCGGGCGAUGACCUCGUGUCCAGCGAUGGGCAUAUCUAUGACGCCGGCCAGAGCAGCUCAGAGGAACUCUUUGGCUUCGGCGCCACCUGGGCGAUAGCCAAUGAGUCGAGUCUGUUCACCUACGACUCUGCCUAUCUGACGGAUCACUACCUCCAUGUCUCCAAACACGACCCUGACUUUGUUCCAGUGUUUUCCCCGCCUGAGGAUCCCAGCGACCAGCUGUGGAGUGACAUGACCAGGAUCUGCUUUGGCGACGGAGCUAGCUUCUGCAAAUACGACACCUUGGUCACUGGCAGCCUGAACACGGGCAACGCCACCAUCAGUGCCGUCCGUACCCACAUGGCUCUGGCCAAUGACCUCUCGCCAGUGGUGGCCUGUGGCUUCCUGGCUGCGCCGGCGCGGGGGGAGAAGCAGGGCUCCGUCUACCUGGAGGGCUCCCAGGUGAGCUUCACCUGCCCCAGCGCUCACGUGCUACUGGGCUCCCCGCUACGCACCUGUCAGGACAACGGAGAGUGGUCAGGCGACAUCACACACUGCGUCUCAGACAACGUGGAGGGCAUCAUAGUAGGCUGCGUGAUGGCAGCGGCGGCCCUGACGACUCUACUGGUGGCCAUUACGCUUUACAACCGGAAGCGAAAAAGGGCGAGGCAGGAGAAACAAAAAGGAGCUGUGGCAUUUCGACAAAUCUGAUGAUAUCAAAAGAGGCCAACGUGAACAGUAUUUUGUAAUCAUAUUUUUCACAUUUCUGUUCCCACUUUUUAGAAUAAUUUUGUUGUACAGUAUGUGUGGUUUUAUUUGUGGUAAUGCAUUGUUUUAUCAGGAUAAUAUUUUGGUGUAUUUUAAAUAUGAUUUAAAUAUGAUUUUGAUUACUUAUUGGUUAGGUCAUUAUGUUAUUUUUCCCUGUCUAUGUUCAACCAGUGUACAAAGAUACACACACAGUCAAAAUAAUGCCUUGUUCAGAACCGGUGUCAGUUGAGUAUUCAAAUGAUAUGUCAAUGGGCGUGUUUACAUGCACAUUAAUAAGUCCGACAGGCGGACAAGGUGCGUCCGUCUAUGCACUGCUGCCUUGUGGACACAGAAGGGAAUUUCAAUUCAAAGAAUGCAUUUCAGACAGACGGACGGACAUACCCUCUUAUAGAGAUGCUAGGAUGCAUCUAAAAGUUAUCUGAUUAUUCAAGUGCUUAUGUAAAGGGAAUAAACAAAAACCCAUGAUCCGUUUAUUGACAUUUUUGAGGUUCAUGAGAACGUUAAUUAGGAAUUUGUCGUUCUAGAAUCGUGAAGGGCAGCCGUUUGUGAGGAGAGGGUUGCCUGUUCGAAUCUCAUUCUUUCCUCCCCCCCUGCCACCUCCUGCUAUGGCUGAGCCAGGCGCCUAAUAACCCCAAAUUGCUCCAAUACCCUGUAUC